AUGGUUUUCGCCUGCGUGAUCGCCAGUUGCGUGUCUUCCCAAAACCCUCGGCAUGAGAAAUUCUGGAGGCAGCACCACGACUUUCCUCGCAGCAACGUGGCCGGGCAGGACUACUGUGGGGCCAUGAUGCUCCGCCGGGGCAUGGCGAGGCCUUGCAAAGACACCAAUAGCUUUGUUCACGUGCCUAGGAACCAGCUAAAGGAUGUCUGCGGCUGGGCUGGAACCCACUACCGCCGAGCCUUGAGGAUCAGCCGGGAGCCGCUCUCCGUCACCACAUGCAAACUUCAGGAGACGUCUCCGCGGGGCCAAUGCCGCUACUGGUCCCACACAGGCCAAAGACAGAUUCAUAUUGGCUGUGAUGCAUCAGGAUGGCCGAUCCGGUUCGAAGAGAGCAAUUUCAUGUAG